CCCCGGGUAUUUUGGUCCUAAGUGGCCUCCGUAGGCGCUCGGGAAGAUGGCGGCGGCCGCUGUGGCGGCCCGGGCUGCUGCUGCAGGACUCCUCCGGCCCCUCGGUGCUCUGGCUUCCUCGGCCGUCGGGAAUUGCUCGGCUUCUCUGCGUCUGGUCUCCUGGCUGUCCCGCCGGCCUUUCAGCCGGAUGCAAGCGCCGCUCGUUGCUCCUGCUGCCGAACAACUUUCACCUGUUAGAAGUCUGGCAUGUGGGCACCCUCCAGCCAUCCUUAAUAGUGUCACCCCUCUGCUACCCACUCUCCUCCGCCCGCCGGCCCGCACUCUGACGUACUGCAGUGUGAGAAAAGGGAAGCGGAAGUCCGUGAAAGCCGUGCUCUUCAGGUUUCUCCGGCUGCACAGCGGCCUUUGGCUGAGGAGGAAGGCCGGUUAUAAGAAGAAGCUCUGGAAGAAGAAGCCGGCUCGGAAGAAGCGGCUCCGGGAGCUAGUGUUCUGCAACAAGACGCAGAGCAAGCUGCUCGACAAGAUGACUACGUCUUUCUGGAAGAGGCGCAACUGGUACAUGGACGACCCCUACCAGAAGUACCACAACCGCACCAACCUCAGAGUGUAGGCCCCAGGGUGCCGGCCUCUGGCGCGGGCCUGCAAUGGCCCCAGGACAAGGUGCCGAAUAAAUCAGACAAAUGGCUCCUUGUGCAUUCUACGUUCUUUCCUUCAGCAGCCAUUUGUCAAGAGUCUACUUGGCAUCGGAACAGAAGUGAGUGCAAGGGAUAAUGUUGUAAAAAAUUACCCUGGCAUGGGUUCUGUCAAUAAAAAGUUAUUU